AUGAGCCGAUCAGAUACAGCACGAAUGUUCCUGGACCAAGCUGCUGAGUUGAGCAUCGACGGCCAGCGCUUUCUUCGAGCUGUCACGAGUGGUUCUGGCGGCCACCGUCUUAGGCACGGUGAGUUCCGUUACCCUCCUCCGCACUUUUCGACGGCCGACCAGAUUCGUGUGGGCCACGCUUUCGAUGAAGCCAUGCAGGGCCACGACGGAGUCGCUGAGAAGCUGUGGGCCGGCCUCGGUCUCCGUGGGACAAGCGCGCCUAGAGCGUACGGUCCCCGUGGAUGUCGAGGACGGAAGUCAUGGGGGACCGGAGCUACUGAAGGACAGUGUAUCUUCGCGGUGAGGCGGUGGGGUGAGCGGUACCGCCUCGCUGUCGUGGUGUACAAAAUCGUGGACGAUGAUUGCGAAACGGUGCCUGACGGCGGGAACGAGGACCAUGGAGGACGAAGUGCGGGCCGCAAGGAAGAAGGAAAGAGCACGCGCGACGAGCUACGGGCGGCUAGAGAAGGCCGGUUGGAGAUGACGGGUGGCGUCAAAGACGCGGUCAAGGUAGAAGGAGAGGUGAAAACGGAGCCGGCGCCCGGUACGGAGGCGGUGUCGCCGGACCCGGAUGAGGUACCCCUGGUAGAGGAGGGCGUUCCUCUUGGGGACGACUACCAACUUGCCUAUGAGCACGGCAGCUGGGAAGUGUUCGGCCAGUACGAGGAGGACGAGCCUUCCGUCGAGAAUUGGGAACCGGCCAAGAAGAAGAGCCCCAGUGGAUUCAUUCCGCAGUACACUGGAACCGAGGAGCGCCGCUGGGACCGGCCGGCGUUUGACUGGAGCUGGACGUCCAAGGGGUUCGCACCCUCGGACAACACGGUGUUCGCGUACACGGCGUCCGUGCCCCAACAGCCUUACGAGGCUCCGCCUGUCGCUGUUAAGAAGACGAUCGCUGCCAAUCCGGUGGCCCCUUACAGAACCACGGGACCGAGCGUGCCUGGGACGGGUACUGCUCGGACGGCUACUGCUGCUACGGGAGGUCAGAAUAACGCGGCGACCCGGACGCAUCCUGCUCCGCCUGGAAUACGUAGGACUGGUCCGCGCCCUGCUUGGUCGGGACUAGUAGGGAGCGCCCCGGGCGUUCCGCCGCGUUCGGCAGUGGUGCCGCGAGGUCCGCAGGCCCCUCCGCGUGCUGGUGUUCGACCACCGGUCCGGGCCCUGCCUGGGCCGUCACGCCUGCCGAGGCGUGAAGACUGGACCACGAAGAUGUCGACUGUGAUGAAGGUGCUGCCGAUGCUCUACUCGGACACGGCUACGGUGGAGAAGGCGCGCGACUUCUGGGAGCUGUUCGAGGACCACACUGACCGGUUGCCAGACAGAGAGCGACUGUUGGUUUUCCGACAGAAGCUGAAGGGACGUGAGGCCGAAAGAUGGUGGAGCAACUCCAGCAUCAAGUCGUUCGCGACGCUGAAGCUGUUCCGUCGUGGCCUGAAGAACAAGAGGAUGCUGGCUGCUCUAGAUUCAAGCCCGGCUCGAGAUAUUCCGGAGGCGUGCGAGUGGCUAAUGUUUAAGGACAUGCAUCGUCCUGUGGAGGAAGACGACGAAUUUCCUGACGAGUCGCGGGCGAGGACUGAUAGUCACACGGCGACUGUGAACGCUCUAACCCAGAAGCUGGACGACUUCCUGUUGCAGCAGCAGGAAUGGCAACACCAGGUGAUGGAAGAUUUGCCGUCCGUGCCGCCGGCUGCGGUGCCUACUGUAUCGGCGGUGGUGCCGAGCUCCGGAGGCCACGGACAGCUCCCUCCCGCUGGUGGAGCUGGUCCGUUCGGAGGUAAUCGUGCCCGUCGAGGCAUCAAGAUGGCGGAGGAUUCCCACACGCAAGAAGGAGAACCUGUCUGUGGCCGAUGCGACUACAAGGGUCACACUCGCGUGACGUGUUCGCGCCACCCGAUGACUUACCGACGGUGUAACCACUACGGUCAUAUUGUGGCUGAGUGUGAGAUGCCGUAUACCGGGGCCCGUGGCCCGCCUAGCGGUGGAAACGGAGGAGGAAACUCGACGAUGCGGUGUUUCUACUGCCACCAGAUCGGUCAUAGUGUCUCUCAGUGUCCCGAGAUCGCUACUCUGAAGGGAUUGGCCACGACUCUGAAGGCGUCGACGGCCGAAGCUUCUCGUCAAUGCCGGGAGCGUGAGGGAGGGGAAGAACGAGUCACUCCUUCCUCUGGUCAAGUGGAUGACUCGAGUGGCGGCCGAGUGAAGGAUGGAGGAGACAAGGCCGUUACAGUGGACGUUGAUGGAGAGGUAGCAGUGACGGGGAAAGAGGACAGCGCGGUGGCUGUUGUGCUGCAGAAAGAGAAGAAGACGAAGGAAAAGGAGAAAAAGUCGAAGGAAAAGAGGGUUAUCCGGAUAGUAGGCACGGAAGAAGAGGGAAACCUUGUGGUGGUGAACGACGCCCCGGAACGGUGUGAGAAGGUAGCCAUGGAUCUAUCCAAGGUGGCUUCUACGGUGGGAACUACCGUCGCUGUCGACGGCGUCACGGUUCCUGUGGAGAGUCUGCCUGUGGGGCAGAAGACGCGGCCGGAACGAAGGAUGCGUGCGGAAGGGGUAAGCAGUGCUGAUGGACCUAGCGCCGCUGUGACGUACAGGAACAAGGAGGCUGACACGGACGAGGAUGCCAAACCGAGCAAGGAGAUCGAGCAAACUGAAACUGGCUGUAUCUUCACGGAUGCGGAACUGGACGCCAUGGAGGAGUGUGAGCCCGGCCAAGAGGCUACGGUUUUAGCUGGCACGAAAGUUAAUACGGAAAGUGAAGAAUAUGACAAGGAGUUAGAAGACCGUUUGUACCCGUUGGACGAAGCCGUUGUAUUGGAGCGUGUGCGGCUAAACACUGAGGCCGUAAGGGAUCCUUCGAUAGCGGAGUUGUCUCGGUUGUUGAACAUCUCGCCCGAGGUCUUGGAGCGAACUCGCCGUGCCUUCCCUGGAGAGCUUGCAUCGCCGGAGCACUGGCAAGACUGGUUCCGGAAGACGUUGGAGACGACCGAGGAGGCCAAGCGGGCCAAUCGAGACUUCAAGACGCCCGUAGUAAAUGCUGUGCGUACGGUUAUUACUACCCUAAGAAGGUCGUCGCCGUCGGAGAAGCUGAACGAGGGCCGUGAGACUCCCCGACGAGUGGAGGAUCGAGGUGAGGACGACGUCUGUGCCAACAUCCUGUUGCCCGCCGUCGAAACUGAUGCUGGAGGAGAAGACGGAAGACUUUCACGCCCUGGUGACAGUUCUCCGGUAGUUGAUCGUCGAGGCAGCGGCCCGGCGGAUGGAUGUCUCUACGCUCUUCGAGCCAACGGCUGGGUUGUGCGAGCUGCUGUUCUAUCCCAAGGACGAAGACGACGCCUCCCACUACGUGGAGGUGGUGCGGCCGUCACCGAGGGUCGUUACGAGGUGCCGAAGACCGGCUUGGUGGAAGUAGUUACCGUGGAGCUGCCUGGUGGGUUUGGCGUCUCCCACGUGACGGAAGAGCCGAUGUCCAUGUCGUGGUCGAGGAUGGCCGGCAAGUCGUGUGCGCCGUUGAAAUCUUUGAGGCACUCUCGAGUGGCUGACAAGUUGCACGUCGACGCCAUUUUGGGGGUGGACGCCUUGGGUGCUUUUGGGGCGGUGAUCGAUGUCGGCGAACGAAGGAUGACGCUCAAGGGUACCGGUGAGGAGCUACCGCUCGGGUACACGGUGGUGCAGGACGCCUACAUGGCUCAGAUGGCCGCCUCGAUACGCCUGCCUCCGCUAGGACAAGCUCUAGUGAUGGCCAACGUCGUCGGCGACGCUGCUGACAAGACUACGGUCCUGGUGGAAAGCACUGUUGGUCUCUCGCCUACUCUGUGUGUCGCGCGGACCUUGUGCAUGGUGGAAAACGGCCAGGUCCUAGUCGAGGUGUGCAAUGCGUCGUCCGACGUGAGUUGGGUCAAGAAGGGCUCCACGGUCGCUUGCGUGUCCGUGAUUCCCGAGUCGGCGUUUGGCCCUCUUUCGCCUUCCGUGCCUACCGGCGCGGCGGUCGAGUCGACGGAGUCCCAAGAAGCGAAGGCGUCGUCGGCCUCGGGGAACGUUGAGUUAGUGGAGCUCGAGAAGAUCGAGAGCCCCGAGCCGACGGUGCCGCCCGACAAGGAAGAGAAGGGCGAGGCGGGUUCUCACAGUCCAAGUUGA